CUUGACUUGAUGGUGUGCCGACCCAUUCAUUUCAAUAAUCUAUUGAGGCUUUGAAUGCCCCCUUGAUGGGUUGUUGACUGAUUUCAGAGCAAGGUUUAUGACGGUGGUCGCCACAGUCGUCCACUGGCUCCAGCUUUAUCCUGAUCUUGGAACCCGGCCAGUCUCGUCAAGGAAAAGGUCGGCCAGAACGCGCGAGUUCAUAUCUGGAUCAAGCCUCGAUCAUGAGGCUUCGAAGAAUGAUCGAGAUGAUGACGUCUGCAUUACGUGAAACCCAAAUUCUCUGCCGGUCAUUCGCGUGUUCUGUCUCACUCAGCCUUGCCGUUCUCCCUCAUGCAAGUUGCCGGCUAGAGGUUGGCCAGACUCAAAUGAAGUUCUUCUCGCAAUCCUACUCGUACGACGAUUCGUGGCCAAUUGUUACACUCGCUUUCUUCCUUCGCUAUCCCAACCCAUACGCUUCUCAUGUUCUUUCGUGCGAUGUUGUCUCUCGUUCUAUCACGCCUACCGGCUCUCUCUUGACCACUCGCCUCAUUCUGAAGCGGGGGGCCAUGCCGCGUUGGUUUCCUCAGGGCAUCGUCGCACGCGCCGAGUCGUGGGUCGUGGAAGAGACCGAGGUCGAUCCUGUAGCACGGACAGUCAAAUGCAAGACAAGAAAUCUGGACCAUGUGAAGGUCAUGCAGGUGGAGGAGAGUGUCGUAUUUCGUUCCCUCUCUGAUGGCACUACUCUGCAGCACACGGAGGCAGAGAUACGUAGCCGGUUCGGAUGGGGGCUCACCAAACGAAUUGAAAACCAUGGUCUGAACAGGUUCAAGGCCAAUGUUCAAAAGUCGCGUGAGGGUGUUUCCAUGAUCGUACAGCUCUUGCGCCAAUCCAGACUUCAACCCAUGGGAAUGGGGGUGUCAGUCGACGUGCCUGUGUCCUUCAUCGAACCCCGAUCCAUCUCCACCAAUGCCGUUGGAACUAUUGAGCACUCCGGCGACGACAAUCACGAGCCUGCUAGCCACUCCGAAGAAAUCACUCUUUUGCACGCUGAGUCGGACCGGCAUUUCCAUAUGGCGUGUCAGGCCCUCAGCAGUCCUAGCAUAUCUUUCUCGGACGCCGGCUUCUCGUCACCGUCGUUUAUCAGGCCGACAGGUCGAUCUACGUCCCUCCAUCUCUUCCCAGCUCCAGUCGAAACUAUUUUCUGCCCGGCCCAGGCGAAGGACUACCUCUGCAGUGUGUCAGCUUACGGUUCGAGGGCGUUAUUCGCGUCAACGGGGGGCUCUUAUGGUGCGUUGGCUGUGGUUUAUGAUCUUGUUGCUGAGCAGAACAGUGUAUCUCCACGCAAGCAAUUUAUCUUAUUCUCGACCAAAAAUCCUCCCACGGUCCAACGCAUACCAUGGCCAGAAGUGGAGGACGACGACGAGGAAGAGGAAGAGGACGACGAAACCGGGCAACCGCGCAAGGUCACUUUCGCGACGCACGAGAUGUGGUCUUGCAACGAACACGAGUUCAAUUUCUUCGUUGAGAGCGACGUCCCUGUGACCAAAAUCCUGCAAUCUCGGACUCCUGGUGUGGAGACCUGGAUCACGUCGGAUGGAAGAGCUUAUUUCGUCACGCUGAACGAGAGUACGAGCGAAGAGAAUGGGGAUCAAGAAGUGAGCCAGACCGUGCUAGUCCUCUAUCGUCCUCAUCGAACGGCGUCCCAGUUUGGCUCGAGCGAAUCUAAACCAGCGGCAGCCAAGCCUAGAUGGCAAGGCGUCGCCAUUCACGACUUCGAAACCCCACGAUGGGUGCAGAAGUCGCGUCGCGUGGAUCCUGAUCCUGAGCACGAGACUGAUCAGGAAUCGAUAUCUUCGGGCGCCGCGAGCAUUGUCAGCAAAGGAACGGAGCGCGCCAUCUACGACGAGCCGCGUCGCGCAGUAGCAGUCGCCAUUAACAGCAAGUUCUCGCUCGUCGCGGUGGGUAUGUCGGGCGGCGGUGUUCGGUUCACGCCCUUCCCCUCAGAUUUCUCGUCGGCGACCCCACCCCCGAUACCUGUCGACGUUCCGGCGCAAUUGGGUCCCGUUUGUUCUAUGGAGUGGAGCGGUGACGGAUAUGUGCUGGCGGUUGGUUCGCAGAAUGGCUGGGCGAUCUUCAGUGUGGGCGGUCGAUGUCUGGCUCGGAGUGUAGCCCUCGAGGAUGCUGACAAAAGUCUCGACACUUCCAAAUUCCAGGACACCUUCAUGUUCGGUGUCAGGGAUCUGUUUUGGGCACCUGGGAACUUUGAAAUGGUUGUGUGUGCCCAACCGUCACAGCAGCAAGUUCACGGUCAGCUGUUUGUCAUCCCUUUCGCGAAGAGCGCAUCCACGGGUCAGCUGGCACCAGACAACACGCGCUACGCGUUUCUGCAAAUGGAUGACCGUGCUCUGGUGUACCGAGGAGCUGAUCAACCCGACAUGAGCGUCAUCAAUCCAGAGUCCGAUGUUUGGCAGCAUAUCAAGAUUCCACAGAGUUACCUCGCCACCAACUGGCCAAUCAGAUAUUCGUCCCUCAGCAGCGACGGUCGUCUGAUUGCCAUAGCUGGGCGGCGAGGCCUCAUUCACUACAGCUCGACGUCUGGACGCUGGAAAAUGUUCGCGGACGAGAUCCAAGAGCAAGCAUUCAUAGUCAAGGGCGGAAUGGUCUGGUUCCAUCAUGUUCUCAUCGCUGCUGUCGAGGUAGCCAAGACAUAUCAGCUUAGACUUUAUUCGCGAGAUUUGGAACUCAGCAACCAGCACGUGCUCCACCGUGAAAUCGUCCCGAGCCCUGUUGUCAUCCUUUCUCUGGUCGACAAUUCGCUACUGGUUUACACAGCUGACAACACGUUGUAUCACUAUCUCAUCGUCCCGACCUCGGACACGAUCAAGCUGCAUCUGUGUGGCAGCAUCACGUUUGAAGGGAUCAUCGCUGCGCCGGGGGCAGUUCGCAUGCUGAGUUGGAUGAUCCCCACUGCUCAAAAGCAACUGGGGGAUCCGGUCGAGGAUCUUGCUGCGGCGACUGUGCUGAUGGUGGUAGGCGGCCAGCUCAUUCUGCUCCGUCCUCGAAAGGUCAAGUCUCUCUUUCGCACCAGUGAAUGUUCGCUCAUCGUAUUCCAGUCAGGCGACCAGGAAGUCAAGUAUGACAUGCAGAUAUUUGCAGACAGGAUUGAGUUCUGUUGGAUCCACUUGCGAGGGAUCGACACACUCGAAAACUCGCUAUGGGCCUAUGACGGACAGGGCAUUCGCGUUUGGUUGAACGCGUUGGCGAUCGAAGCUCCACAAUCACAGGAUCAGGAUAAUACCGUCAAAGAAAGUGUGAAUAUCCCGCUUGACUUUUAUCCACUCUCUGUUCUGAUGGACAAGGGGAUCAUCAUUGGUGCGGAGUAUGAGGUCGCGACACGCUCCAAUCUGCCGUUCGCCAUAUUCCGACAUGCCACGAGUUCUCAUCUUUUCCUGCACCACAUUCUCCUGUUCCAUCUACACGCGAAUCAGGUCAACGAGGCGGUGAGCCUGGCGUCCUAUUACCAGAAGCUCGUCUUCUUCGCCCAUGCAUUGGAGAUUCUCUUGCAUACGGUCGUGGAGUCGGACGACCACGAAAACGACCGUGCGGAAUCUGAAGCACAUGACGUGCUCCUGCGUACCGUCGUCGAGUUUCUGGAUCAUUUCGAUGCCGCGUUGGAUGUGGUCGUCGGUUGCGCUCGGAAGACUGAAAUGACGCGGUGGAAGCGCUUGUUCAACAUCGUUGGAAACCCAAAGUUGUUGUUCGAGACAUGUCUCGAAUCUCAGCAACUCAAAACGGCCGCAUCGUAUUUGCUUGUGCUGCACAAUCUGGAACAGCUGGACGAGAAGCACAACGACGUCAAUCGACUGUUGCGGACUGCGGCGGCCGCAAAAGACUGGCAGCUCUGCCGUGAGCUGCUCCGCUUCCUGCACAGCGUGGAUGACUCGGGUCGAGCACUCCGAGAUGCGAUGGAGCAGAUCGAUCUCGACGGCACACGCGACGGGAGUGGUGAAGGCACGACUCAUGGUACCCUUUCGCGCCCUCAUCUCCCGCUCACCCCGACUGAAUCUAUUCUCAAGACAGACGAUAUAACGUACACUCCCGAAGGGGCGGUGUCGAUCACAUACCAGCAGCUGCUUUCCUCCCCGCUUUCGCUCGGCAAAUCCAUCGAAAAGGCCUUUGGAUCCGGGCCCGACAGUCUGGGGAUCGUCGUCGUGCGAGAUCUCCCAGCGACGUAUCUGGCGUAUGCAUUCGCGACGCUGGACGAAGCGACGCGCGAGAAGUACGCCGACGCCUCGAGUCGGUACAGCUUUGGAUGGAGCCACGGAAAGGAAAUCAUGAACGGUAAACCCGAUCUUCUAAAGGGCUCGUACUACGCCAAUCCCGUGGUCGACAAGCCUGACGUGCCAGAGGAUCUGAGGCAGGAGUAUCCUGAAUACCACAGUCACAACAUCUGGCCUGCGGCGGAUGAACGUGGUGUGGAGGGUUUUGAGGGGGCUUUCAAGCAACUUGGCCGACUCAUCUUCGAGAUUGGAUGCCAACUCGCGGUCGCCUGCCAGCCUUUCGCCCUCUCGCAGCUGAACGACACCAGCAUGUCGCUCCCGGAGCUCAUCAGCACGUCCAACACGUCCAAGGCGCGCCUGCUGCACUACUUCCCGCCGCCCGAGCAGACUGCUGCGUCGUCCGGUACGAGCGACGAGGCAGUGGACGAUUGGUGCGGAUGGCACCUGGACCACAGCUUGCUCACGGGUCUCUGUUCAGCGAUGUACCUGCAAGAGACCGACGCCGAGCCCGCGAUCGUGCCCUCUCCGUCUCCGGCAUCGGGGCUGUACAUCCGGACCCGGGGCGGCAGUCUCACGAAAGUCGCGAUCCCGGCGGACUGCCUGGCGUUCCAGACGGGCGAGGCCCUGGAAGUGGCCACUGGCGGGCGUCUGCGCGCGACGCCGCACUGCGUGCGCGUGGGUCCCUCCGAGGUGCCUGGGGCAGCGAAGAUCAGCCGCGAGACGUUCGCGUUUUUCCUGCAGCCGGAUGUGAACCAGAACCUGUCUGACUCGAUGACGUUCGGGGAGUUCAGUAAAAAGAUAUUCGACGAGCAUUACGACGAUGUUCAGAAGUGA